UUGUAGUUUUAUUACCGUUCUUCUUCCGGUAGCGGAAGUGUUUCGCGUGUCUUGGAGGUCAUUUUCGGUCGUCACAUUGCUUUCUGUCAUCUCCUGCUUUCAGACUACACCUGCAAACAGAAAACGAUACUCAAUGGAAGCCGUUCAAGCAGAGCCUAAACUGAGGCACGUGGAGACAGAUGUUCUGAUCCCCAAGAUGAUGAGAGAGAAGGCCAAGGAGCUCUGCCAUGAGAAAGUCCAAGCCUUUAACGUCUGCUGCAAGGACUCUGGCUUCCUGAUGGUGCUCAAAUGCAGGGAGCAGAACGCAGCCCUGAAGGAAUGCCUGACAGUCUACUACAGAGAUCCAGUCUUCUAUGAGGAGUGUAAGCAGGAGUACAUCAAGGAGAAGCUGGAGUUCCAGAGGACGGGAAUCGCCACCAAGAACAGGACGCAGAAGCUCCCGGCGAGCAUGUAGGCCCGACGCGCUCCGGGGACGGGAAGGAACGGGGACGGAACAGGGCGGGUUGGCUGAAGACCGGACGGGGCCUCACGGCGCCAUCGUGGAGGGCGCUGAGACCCUUCUGAUCCGGAGCUCAGUGAGGGCCAUUUGCCUCGUAAAUGAUGUGCUUCGCUGGCAUUUGGAGUGUGAAGAUUAAAAACAAUGUUGAUAAUAUCUUUGAUUCCUAUGAAGGGGUUCAGCUGUGCUGCGCCCUUGCGCCUCCAUCUUUGGUAAAGAUCUUGCACCACCCACACAUAGCUGGAUACAUCAGUAUGUCCCAUGUUGGUUGAAGACCUUUAUGCCUGUUAAGGGUUUAAGGGUUUAAGGCAUUAAGUUGAUGAGUUCACAUGUGUAGGGUAACCCAUCUAUGUGUACAUCUAUUAUAUUGACUCAGCUUUUGCUUUCAAGUGCAAAAAUGUCGCAACAUUUUUGUGCAUUGCUGCACAAUUGUUAAAUAAAAUGACAGCAUAUUGAUACCUGCAGUCAAGUUAAUAUUACAGAAAUGUUCACCCACUCUUCAUUAAAUUGUGUUUGUUUAUA